AUGACAGACAAAAUUGCAAAAGAAGAAAAUGAAAAUGCUCGUGAGUUACGUGAAGUUGCCAUAAUUGGAAAACAAAUAGCACAAAUGGAAAAUGCUGACAUAAAAAAACAAAACGAACAAAUAGAUAGAGCACAUCAAGACGCUAAUGCAAUGGCUACUGAUGUUAGUAAUACAAAUGCACAAUUACAAGAAGCACGUGCUUAUAGCUGUGCUAGUAGAAAAUGGUUAAUUAUUGGUAUAGUCGUAGGUAUUUUAGUAGUAGUAGUAAUUAUUGCCAUUAUAGCUAUUAUUCUUGGUGUUCUUUUAAGUUAA